AUGGCUGUUUUUUUUUUGUUACUUUUAAUGUUUUUCAUAUUUUCAAUCUCCGCUUUUCCUCAUUCUCUCAAUCAUCUCUCUCAACAACAACAACAACAACAAUUGCUCUUGCGAUUCAAAGCUGUCGUAUCCAAAAACGGCAAUGCUCUGCCCGACUGGAUUCCCCUUCACCCAUUCUGUAACUGGUCUGGUAUUAUUUGUCACUCGUCUCAAUCUGUUCGUGCCGUCAAUUUAACCCAAAUGGGUUUAGAUGGCAUCAUCUCUCCUGUGCUGGGAAAUCUCUCUUCUCUUCGAGCCCUAGAUCUCUCCAGUAAUUAUCUCACUGGUAUCAUUCCUCCUCAACUCGGCCAACUCCCAAAUCUAUGGAUACUCUUGCUGCAUCAGAAUCAUUUGCAAGGAACCAUUCCGCCCGCUCUCUCCGCUUGCCGCAGUUUGUAUUAUCUGGCACUCUCCUAUAACCAACUGCAUGGCAGCAUUCCGCCUGAGCUGAGCUUUAUCAGAAGUUUGAAGUACCUCUACUUGGGCGGUAACAAUCUCACGGGUACCAUUCCCCCCUCUUUGAAGAAUCUGUCUGCCUUAGUUGUAUUGGAUUUGGCCAACAAUGAGCUCUACGGCCACAUUCCUCCUGAAUUGGGCAUGCUCAGUCACCUCCAGACUAUUUACCUUUUUGGAAAUAGUCUAUCGGGCGCCAUUCCCAGCACUUUUCACUCUGUCCGUGCCAUCAAUUUAUCCCAAAUGGGUUUAGACGGCACCAAUUCUCCCGUGCUCGGGAGUCUCUCCUCUCUUCGAUCCCUUGAUCUCUCCUUCAAUAACCUCACUGGUACUAUUCCUCCUCAACUCGGCCAACUGCCAAAUCUACAGAUACUCGAGCUGGCCGGCAAUCAAUUACAAGGAAUCAUUCCGCCCGCUCUCUCCGCUUGCCGCAGUUUGUAUCUUCUGUCACUCACCUUCAACCAACUGCAUGGCAGCAUUCCGCCUGAGCUGACUCUUCUAACAAGUUUGAAGUAUCUCUACAUGGGCGGUAACAGUCUAACGGGUACCAUUCCACCCUCUUUCAAGAAUCUGUCUGCCUUAGUUCGAUUGGAUUUGGCCUUAAAUAACUUAUCGGGCAACAUUCCACCUGAAUUGGGAAUACCAACUGACUUAGAGUAUCUUAGUUUAUGGGGAAAUCAGCUUAGUGGAAACAUACCAAACUCCCUGGGAAAUUGCUCCAGUCUCAAAGAACUUUAUUUAAAUACAAACCAACUUGGUGGAACGGUUCCAAUGGAACUAGGUAGGUUGAAGCUUCUCACCAAGAUUUACCUACACACCAAUCAACUCGUUAGUGACAGCAGUAACACAUUGGCCUUGGCCUUUCUCAAUGCUCCCACAAAUUGCUCCCACUUGCAAGAAAUAGAUGUGAAAAUCAAUUAUUUCACUGGUAUAUUGGCCCCGACCAUAGGCCAGCUGUCUUCUAAUCUCAAUUACUUGGCUUUAUCGGCCAACAUGAUAAGCGGAAGCAUACCACAACAGAUUGUAAAUCUCACAAACUUGACAUACUUAGGUUUAGAAAAUAAUCUUUUGAGCGGCAAUAUUCCAUCUGGAAUUAAUAGAUUUCGUGAGUUGGAAGAAUUGCAUCUGGGUGGGAACAAAUUAGAAGGAAGCAUUCCAAGUGAGAUAAGUCAUAUGCAACAUCUCGGACUCUUAAAUCUUAGUCACAACCAGUUAUCUGGAAAAAUACCUGAUUCACUUUGUAGCUCCCAGCAGUUAAGACGUCUUCUACUUCAGCACAACAAGUUAUCAGGGGAGAUCCCUGUUAGUUUGGAGGGAUGUCAGAAGUUGGAGCUCCUUGACUUAUCUUACAAUAAACUAGGGGGAAAGAUACCUGGUGAAGUCAUUGCCAGCCUUAAAAACCUGCAAUUCUACCUUAAUAUUUCAUGGAAUUCUCUGGAAGGGCCGUUGCCGCAGGAGAUGAGUAAAAUUGUAAUGGCUCUAGCCAUAGAUAUAUCUGGAAAUAAACUUACUGGGGUCAUUCCAAUUUCUCUAGGAGACUGCACAGCAUUAGAGCAUCUAAAUCUGUCUCACAACACCUUUGAAGGUCCAAUACCACAUUCACUCUCCAAAUUAAAAAAUCUCCAAGAAAUGGAUCUUUCUUUCAAUAAUUUGUCAGGGCAGAUUCCAGAAGGAGGGUUGUUUCAAAAUAGAACUGUUGUAACAUUUUUUAUGGGGAACCCUGGUCUAUGUGGUCCAAAACACUAUUCAUUGCCUCCAUGCCCAAAUCUGACCCAGGGAAAACAUUCCCUUCUCAAAAAAGUAGUCUUAUCAGUUGUUGGAACCAUUGGAUUUGUAUUAUGCUGCUUCAUUAUAGUAAUUUUAUGGAGGCAUAAACUUUCAAGGCAACUAGUCCGUUCCUCGAGCUUUAUUUUUCAAGGAAACUAUCCAAAAUUUUCUUAUCAAGAUCUGUUCAUCGCAACAUCUGGAUUUGACGAGUCAAACUUGCUUGGAGUGGGUAACUUUGGAUCUGUCUACAAAGGCAUGUUGAGGGAUGGUAAGAUAAUUGCCAUCAAGAAUCUUAAUUUACAAAAUGAAGAAGCUCUUAAGAGUUUUAAGAGAGAGUGCAAGAUGUUGGGAAGAAUUCGGCACCGUAACCUCAUCAGAAUCAUGAGUGCAUUUUUCUACCCUGACUUGAAAGGUUUGGUUCUUGAAUUUGCAUAUAAUGGAAGCUUGGAAAAACAUUUGCACCCUGAGAGGGAUGGUGAAGGCUUUUGUAAAUUGGGAUUGAGUGAGUGUUUGAGCAUUGCUGUUGAUGUAGCACAUGGCAUGGAAUAUUUACAUCAUGAUUGUCCUCUACAAAUUGUGCACUGUGAUUUAAAACCCAGCAAUGUGCUCUUGGAUGCCAACAUGACAGCUCUUGUCACUGAUUUUGGUAUAUCCCGUUUAACUUCUACAAAUUCCACUGAUUCACUGAGUACAACAACAUUUGCACUCAAAGGAUCCAUUGGCUAUAUUGCUCCAGAGUAUGGAUUGGGUGGGAAUGUUUCUAUUUAUGGAGAUGUUUACAGUUAUGGAAUUCUGAUAUUGGAGAUGGUUACAAGGAGGAGACCAAGUGAUGACAUGUUUGUAGGAGACAUGAGCUUGCACAAGUGGGUGAGAUCAGCUUUUCCAAACAGACUGGCAGAAAUUGUUGAUAGGGAGCUAUUGAGUGAUGUGAAUGAAAACAUGGAAGACAAUAAAUGUCUUCUUUCUUUCAUUCAUGUUGGUUUGCUGUGUAGUAGUGAAUCAUCAAGAGAGCGACCUUCCAUGAGUGAUGUAGCGAAAGCCUUGGUGAGCCUGAAGACAUCUUUGAUGGGAGCUGCAGCUGCUUCCAAUUUAACACCUACCAUAUCAGAACUCCUGGAAAAAUGCAAUCCCACAGAAACAUUGGCAUCGGACAGCUCUACAUUUUAG